UGCAGCCAAUCGGGACAACAUUGUAGCCUAGCUGUUUCUAGACAAGACCAAAUUGUGUGUUGCACCGGGUGUAACCAGCGAGCUAACGUUAGGCUAGUUAGAUGUAGCUUGCUAGCUUUAGGUUCUUGUCGGUGUACGUAGCUGUAGAAUGAACACAAUACACCACAUUGUUGAGGGACACUAACGAAACUCGCUGGUGUCACUUUAUUUCAUCAACACACUGCUGUUGUCGUCGACGUCUUGUGUUUAGUUGUCUUGAUAAUUUGCUUUCCCGUGACAGUCGGUUAGCUAGUUAGCCUCUCCAGCUAGCUAGGUACAGUAGCGUAUGGGUGUCAAAGUUAGCUGUGACUUCACUUGGUGUCUGGUUGCCUGAUCUCACAUUUCGGACACGUCAAGGUUCCUCAAAUCCAUCUCUUGAUUUUGGGGGCUAUGAUGUCGGAGCCGAAGACCCCCGUUCCCACUCCUGCUGGCGACACAUACAAAGGAUGGGUGUUCAAGUGGACAAAUUACAUCAAGGGUUAUCAGCGGAGGUGGUUUGUCCUGAGUAAUGGGCUGCUGUCCUACUACAGGACCCAGGCAGAGAUGGGCCACACGUGUCGAGGCACAAUCAACCUGGCGACGGCAACCAUCACCGUGGAUGACGCCUGCAACUUUGUCAUCUCCAAUGGCGGAGCGCAGACGUAUCACCUGAAGGCCAGCUGUGAAGUGGAACGCCAGCGCUGGAUCACUGCCCUGGAACUGGCCAAAGCCAAGGCGGCCCGCAUGCAGGCUGAGUCAGAUGACUCAGGGGAUGAUUUUCCCUCGUCAUCCCCGCCCUCCGCACCCGGACAAGGUGGCGGUUCGCAGAAUUCCGAAGUGCAGUCUGCUCUCCGAACACUAGGCAGCAAGGUGGAGGAUCUCAGCACUUGCAACGACCUCAUUUCAAAGCAUGGCUCUGCUCUCCAGAGGUCUUUAUCAGAACUGGACAGUUUGCGUCUUAUCGGAGAAGCUGGGGAUAAGGUCCGUCAGGUGACAGAGAGGGCCACGCUGUUCCGUAUCACCUCUAAUGCCAUGAUAAAUGCGUGCCGAGACUUCCUUGCGUUGGCUCAGGCUCACAGCAAGCGAUUGCAGAAGGCCCUUCAGGUAGAACGGGACCAGCGGGUUAGACUGGAGGAGACUUUAGAGCAGCUGGCCAAGCAGCACAACCACCUGGAGCGAGCCUUCAGAGGGGCUUCACAGUCUAAUGCCACUGCAGACAAUAAAAGUGCUUCUGGGCCGGGAAAAGGUGAGGGGAGCGACGAAGACGACGACAACGAGUUCUUUGAUGCCAUGGAGGAGGCUCCUGAGUUUAUCACUGUCCCUGCAGACCCCCACUUUCACAAAAGGUCAAGCAGUAAUAUCAGCGGUUUCAACAGUGAAAUGUGUCCUGAUGAUCAAUCGCUCAACGAGGAGCCUCUAGCGAUGAACCAGGAAUCCCCCUCUCAGGAGUUGGUGCCGCUGAAGAAGCGGCGGACACGCAUUGCAGACAAACCCAACUAUUCUCUCAAUCUGUGGAGUAUCAUGAAGAACUGUAUCGGCAAAGAGCUGUCCAAAAUCCCAAUGCCUGUAAACUUCAACGAGCCCAUCUCCAUGCUGCAGCGGCUGUCGGAGGACCUGGAGUACCACGAGCUGCUGGACAAGGCCUCCAAGUGCCAGAGUUCCCUGGAGCAGAUGUGCUACGUGGCCGCCUUCUCCGUGUCCUCCUACUCCACCACCGUCCACCGCACGGGCAAACCCUUCAACCCCCUGCUGGGAGAGACGUACGAGCUGGACCGCCGGAGAGAGAGCGGCUACCGCUCCCUCUGCGAACAGGUCAGUCACCACCCCCCCGCGGCAGCGCACCAUGUGAUCUCAGAUCGCGGAUGGACUCUGAGGCAGGAAAUCACCGUUGCCAGCAAGUUCAGGGGGAAAUACCUCUCCAUUAUGCCUUUAGGCACCAUUCACGCCAUCUUUGAGAAGGGCAACAAUCACUACACAUGGAAGAAAGUCACCACCACAGUGCACAACAUCAUCGUGGGGAAGCUGUGGAUCGAUCAGUCAGGAGAGAUAGACGUGGUGAACCACACCACAGGAGACCGCUGCCACCUGAAGUUUGCUCCCUACAGUUACUUCUCCAGAGAUGUGGCCAGAAAGGUGACAGGUGUAGUGAUGGACAAGGACGGCAAGGCCCACUACGUGCUGUCGGGCACGUGGGACGAGAAGAUGGAGUUUUCCCGGGUGAUGCAGAGCAGCCUCGGAGGAGAGAACGGCACCGAGGGCAAACAGAAGACGGUCUAUCAAACUCUGAAAGCCAGAGAGGUUUGGAGGAGGAACCCUCUACCUGAGGGAGCAGAUACCAUGUACUACUUUACCUCCUUGGCGCUGACCCUAAAUGAAUACGAGGAAGGCAUAUCGCCCACCGACAGCCGGCGCCGGCCCGACCAGCGCCUGAUGGAGGAAGGCCGCUGGGACGAAGGCAACUCGGAGAAGCAGCGGCUGGAGGAGAAGCAGCGCAUCGUGCGGCGGGAGAGAGAGAGGGAAGCCACCAGCCAGCGCAUCGCCAGCCAGCCAGAGGAAGCUGUCGAUGAGGACUCUCUAACUGAUCCGUCCUUAAAAAGCGCACCUCAUGACAGCCACCUGGCACUUUGGUUCGACCGCUGUGAAGACCAGAUCACGGGGGAGCAGGUCCACAUCUAUAAGGGAGGCUACUGGGAAGCCAAGGACCGCGGCAUCUGGGAGGGCUGCCCGGACAUAUAUUGACCUCAUCUUUGACUGGAAAGUGCCCUCGAAGAGACUGACCCUUGGAAGCCGCCUGGUGCACGGCUACCACAAAAGGCCGGCUCUCCCCCCCCCGCCCCCCUCUCCCCACCCCAACAAUUUGGACGGUUGCCUUCCCUCCCGGUGGCUCUCUGUUCUAAGAGAUCUCCAGGUGAUCACUGCUGUCUGAUUUAGAGAAGAGAGCAGGGUUUCUCCUCUGGCCUCAUCCCAUUUCGUUUCCUGUACUCCCUUUUGAUGCUGUCACACAUAUGACAGGACUGGAAAGAAAUGAUUUGUGCUGCUCAGCAUAAAGGGGGGGGGGGGGGCGGCAGUGCUUCCAAAUCCUUAUUAGAUUCUUUUUUUAAGUCUCUGCUCAAGUCUCUCUCAGAUCAGGAGCAGAAGAGGGUUUUCGUGCUGAUCACACCCUGUGAGAUAAUGUAGUGUUCCCAUUCAAAAGCAUUGUGUGCUUUGGUAAUAACUCUUAAAAAAAAAAGGGGGGUCAGACCUGGUUAAUAUAUACAUUUAUAUAUGAUUCAAAUAAUUUGUCGACUGGUGGCCUUCAACACGUUAGCGAGGAUCUCUUGUUUCUCUCUCUGAUUUAGUGUCUUAAUGUAACUAAGUGAAGGUUCUUGUGUGCGUGCGUGUGUGUGUGUGCGUGCGUGUGUGACUGCAUAUCUGCUCUUCCAUCACUUUACUAUUAACACUGCCACUGCGCAGAAUGCUGUUCAAAAGAAGGAAUGAUUGUCCGAAAUACCGGUUGAACCUCCGCACUGUGUGUAUUAUAGUUAGAAGAGAUACUUUCUCAUUCACAAAGGCCUCAUGAAGAUGAUGGUGACAACUUUGAAGGCCAAAACACCCUUUCUCUUCGCCUUAGAUACGAGCGACCUGCUCUCACGUCACACCUGAGUGAUCAUGAUGCUGACAUUUGUUGCUGGUUUCUCAUCCAAACAUUUAAAACGUUGAAGAAGUAGUCGUGAAAAGACUAUAGAGCUGCAAAAUCGCUUGUUUCAGUGGUGAAAAAAUGUCAUUAGUGCAGUUUUUUUCCAACGAAAUGAUCCAAGUGUACGGCAGUAAACAUGUUUUUGGGAUACGUAGUGUGCUUUUGUGUUAAGAGGAACACAACAAAAUGAGAAAAAACAAUUAUGAGUCAAUGCAGUGGUUAAAAGAAACCGCUGUUAAUCUGCUGAAGAGUUCAUACAUAUGCAAAGUACAUUUUGACACCAAAAACAUGGGGUAUAAUGUGAGCGAGCGUGUGUGUGUGGAUUUCAUAAUUUCGUUUGUAAGUGUACUUAAAAAUGAAGAAUAAAGAAACAAAGAAUUUAAAAGCAUUGCAAAUAACUAUGAUUUAUAAAUGUAUAGAAAUUCAUAUAGUAUUGAUAACUGUAAGGUAGGUUUUUUUUUCUUGUUUUUAUUCAGUUCCUCAUAAUAUUGUAAGAGGACUGUCUUCGUUUUCAGAAAAAAAGGGAGUUUCCAUACUUGACUGAGAGGGAAGACAUUGCUCAGUAUUUUGUGUUAAAGAAAAAUAAUCUGUAAUAUCAAAUGCUGUGAUGUCUAAAAAAAGAAGCUUUUCAUUCUGUUCUUUAAUACCAUUUGUUACAUUUACAUUAACUAAGUAACACAAUUAUUGCCAAAUCAAUUAUUGGGGAAUUUCUGCCCUCAUGUUUAGCAGGUGCUCCAGAUGGGAUGACAUAAUGUUGUCAAUAAAACAAUAAAAACCCAAAUGAAAACA